UAAAGCUUGCGUACCUUUUUACGACCCUUGCGGAUGAUGUAAUGGACAAGGAACAAAGUGUUGCAUUGUUUAAGGUUCCGGAGUGCAUACUGUCACCAGACCUGGCCGACCGAUCUAGCCACAACUGCCCAAAAACCUCCUAUUUAAGGGACGCUUCUGGUGUUACGGUGGACAUUACAUCUUUCGUACGCAAAUCAGAUAACAUCCCGUCCAUUCAAGAUGAGAUCCGCGGUGAGUGUUUUGCUUGUUGUGCUAGGCGCUGCAGCUUUGUGCCAGGGCACGACAACCGAUCGCGAGGAUAUUGCAGACUCUAAGGAUUCUUCGCUGGCGCGAUUCCUGCAACCCCUGGAGGCUAGGCUGCGUGACGAUCAAAGUGUUCCGGAGCGUCGUUCCCGGGAAUUGAGUUACUUAGGCUCAGGUUACAGCUAUCACCCGUACGCUGGACAUCAUAACCCACUGUACAGUCCGUACAGUCAGCAGGGCCUGUACAAUCCGUACAGCUUCGGUGGUCUGAACGGAUACGGUGGUGCAGGUGUGGCUGGAUUUGGCACGGCGGGUGGCUACGGAGGUCUUGCUGCUGGUGUAGGCAAUGGUGCAUACUUUGGGUCGGGUGCCGGAGUUGCCGGAUAUCCUGGCGCUGGAGUACAACAGUUCGGCUAUAAUGGGCUGGUAGGUGGUCAGGGUGUUGGCAGCUACCCGUACACUGGAGGAUGGAAUGCGGGCGUGGGCCAGACUCCAUACGCCAGCUACGGUAGCCAACUGGGAGGAUACUACAAUCGAGGGCUGUACGUUUGAAGAAGAAUGCUGCCGAUUUCGAGAUGGAUGGAUGAGAUGACUGAUAAUAAACAUGAACGUUAGCAUAUUGCUUGUUGA